AAAAAGGAGGCCUCUCCGGGCAAGCCUUGGCAGAUGUGCUCUAUGUGCGCCGCGGAACGGAUGUCUUCGUUUGGUUUUUAAAAAAUUUGGAUGCUUUUCGAGUUUUGAAAAUUCUGUGUUUGGAAUUGAAUAUCUAUAUUUUAUAUACCGAAUAUAAAGAGAGUGGUGAUACUUGUGAUAGUUUUUUAAGAAAUUGUGUGAAAAUGCCCCGCAAGAAGCGCGCCUCCAGCCCCUUGGAUCUCUACGAUGAAGACUUUGAUGAGGAUGCUAGUUCACAUAGCUCCCAGCCGCCGGUGCAACGGAAUGCGGCCAAUGCCCGGGAGCGAAUGCGUAUGCGGGUGCUAUCCAGCGCCUACGGACGCCUCAAGACCAAGCUGCCCAACAUUCCGCCGGACACGAAACUCUCCAAGUUGGACACCCUGCGCCUGGCCACCCUAUACAUCAAGCAGCUUAUCACGGCAGUGGAAACGGGCAGCCACCACAGCCACACACAGAAUCACAACCAGAGUCACGGGAACGGGCACAGUCACAGCCUGAACCACAGCCAUUCAAGCACCGCCAGCUCCGAUGGCCUGGACACGAGUCACAUGGCAGGAGAGGCUGCCUCUGGAGCAGGCAAUUUCCAUUUUCAUGGCAGCGGGCACGGCAUGAGCUGGCCUUUCGAGUUCCAUCAGAGCAGUCGCAGCCUGGCUGCCUUUGGUGCGGCCACAUCCUCCAGCUCCUCCUCCGGCCGCAUGGACUGGCAGUCUCUGCAUCAUCCCAUCCAGGGCUAUCCGAAAACCACACGGAAUGAGGCCCAUGUCCAAGCGGAUCUCAGUUACCACCAGCUGCCGGAGUCCCAUGGUCACUGGUAUCCGGCGGAAAUGCAUCAAAUGGAGCCCUCGCCUAGCUGUUCUUACGAGACGGGCGUGGGGCAGCAUCAGCGAGGAAUAGCAAUAGCCACCAGCCAUGCUCAUGGUCUAUAAUGAAGCCGCAUUUAACUCCUAGUAAUUGUAUUAAAACGUGAUCUACUUGUAUGUGCAACUUGUAAUUAUCGCUAUAAGGCCAAAGAUUGGUGUUACCUCAUGAUCUAUCAGUUUAUUAGCAAAUAUAUAUGUGUAUGUUUUGUAAUUUAAAAAAUGUUGAUUAAUUUUCAAUUUAACGGACGGCACAGAGUUUAAGUUU